CCUACUGAGCCUGUGCAGCUAGAGCUCGGAGAUGAUGUGAAGUUAAAAGGAGUGGAUGAAAGUAAUGCCCUGGUCCUGCCAUCUAAAAAGACAAAGACGAAAAAAGUAGCUUGUGAUACAAAACAAGAGAAGAAGCCUUUGAGCAAAAGGCAGAGGAAAAUCUUACAAAAAGUUUUAGAGCAGAAAGAAAAGAAAACCCAGCGUGCCGAAUUGCUUAGUAAGUUAAAUGAGGUCCAGGCUUCUGAGGCUGAAAUGAAACUUCUAUAUACCACUUCCAAGUUGGGUAUUGGAGAGCGCAUAUACCAGACCAAACGGACAAUACAAGAAGCAAGUGCCACAUGUCCAGAGAAGAUUAAUAGUGUCAGUGGUGCAAAUAAAAAAAGGCGCAGACUAGAUCUGGAACUGGAGGCUGAGAAAAAGUCUGAAUCUUCUGAUAGUUCUGAUGAGGAGGAAGAGAUUAAAGAAGCAAUUGAAAAGAUAGCCACACACAGCUAUAACUUUGGAAAGGUGGAAGAAUGCAUUAAGAAACCAUUGAAUAGUGAUCAGGCUUUUCCUAACAUGCCAGCUCAUCAAAAAGCUGCUCAUAAGCCAUCUUCCAAGCCUGCAGUUUUCAUCCCAGUGGACAGGUCUCCUGAGAUACAGGAAGCAAGAUUAAAACUUCCUAUCCUUGCUGAAGAACAAGUUAUCAUGGAAGCCAUUAAUGAGAAUCCUGUUGUGAUCAUAUGCGGAGAAACUGGGAGUGGUAAAACCACUCAAGUACCUCAGUUUCUGUAUGAAGCAGGCUAUGCCAGUUCCAAUGGCAUCAUCGGAAUCACAGAACCACGGCGUGUGGCCGCAGUAUCUAUGUCUCAUCGGGUUGCUAAGGAAAUGAAUUUAUCACACAGGACUGUUUCAUAUCAAAUACGUUAUGAAGGAAAUGUUACAGAUGAAACCAAAAUUAAGUUCAUGACGGAUGGUGUGCUACUCAAAGAAAUUCAGAAGGACUUCUUGCUUUUGAAGUACAAAGUGAUCAUUAUUGAUGAAGCCCAUGAAAGAAGUGUGUACACAGAUAUCCUGAUUGGCCUCCUAUCUCGCAUCGUCCCUCUUCGUGGAAAGAAAGGGCAGCCUAUGAAGCUAAUCAUUAUGUCUGCCACCCUUCGUGUUGAAGACUUCACUGAUAACAAGAAACUGUUCCCUACUGUUCCUCCUGCUAUACAGGUAGAUGCAAGGCAGUUCCCUGUGACUGUUCAUUUUAAUAAGAAAACUCCAGUAGAUGACUACAGUGGGGAGUGUUUCAGAAAGGUCUGUAAAAUCCAUCGAAUGCUACCAGCAGGAGGGAUUUUGGUGUUCUUAACAGGUCAAGCAGAAGUUCACUCACUCUGUAGAAGACUCAGAAAAGCCUUUCCAUUCCAUAAAAAUAAAACUGAAGGAGGCGAAGAGAAUGAAGAGUCUGUUGAAGAAACAAAGAAAUUUAAGAAAUCUAAACAGAAGAAAACUAUGCCACUACCCAAAAUCGAUCUGAACAAUUACUCCGUUUUGCCAGUGGAUGAAGGUGAUGAGGACAGAGAAGCUGAAAUGGAUGAUGAGGAGGAUGCUGUGGGCUCUGACCUUGACCUAGAUUUGGGGGAUGAUGGACUAGAAGAAGGUGAGAAGUCUGACUCUUCCCUUCCACUCUAUGUGCUCCCACUCUACUCUUUACUAGCAUCAGAAAAGCAAGCCAAGGUGUUCCGACCUCCUCCUCUUGGAACAAGACUGUGUGUGGUAGCAACCAAUGUGGCUGAGACGUCUCUGACUAUCCCCAACAUUAAAUACGUGGUUGACUGCGGGAAAGUCAAGAAACGCUUCUAUGAUAAAGUUACCGGGGUUUCAUCUUUCAGAGUCACCUGGACAUCUCAAGCAUCUGCAAACCAGCGGGCAGGACGAGCUGGCCGCACAGAGCCAGGGCACUGUUACAGGCUCUAUUCAUCUGCAGUUUUCAGUGACUUUGAGAAAUUUUCUCCACCAGAAAUUACAAGGCGACCUGUAGAAGAUUUGGUUCUGCAGAUGAAAGCUUUAAACAUUGAAAAGGUAAUCAACUUCCCUUUUCCAACCCCACCUCCAACAGAGGCACUUGCAGCUGCUGAAGAGCUGCUCAUAGCACUCGGAGCCCUACAGAAACCACCAAAGACAGGAAGACUGAAAGAGCUUCAGGUAGCAAAGCUGAGCUGUCCAAUUAGUUCCUUGGGAAUAACCAUGGCAUCCUUUCCUGUGGCCCCACGCUACGCAAAGAUGCUUGCUCUAAGUAAACAGCACGGCUGCCUGCCAUAUGCCAUUACCAUAGUGUCUGCAAUGACCGUUCGAGAGCUCUUUGAAGAGUUUGAGAGACCAGCUGUAAGCGAAGAAGAGACAGAAAAGCUCAAGGGAAAGAAAGCAAGAGUUAUACAGAUGCAAAGGAUCUGGGCUGGACAAGGAGCUUCUCAAAAGCUAGGAGACCUCAUGGUGAUGUUAGGAGCCGUUGGGGCUUGUGAGUAUGCAGGGUGUACUCCUAAAUUCUGUGAAGUGAAUGGGUUGCGAUACAAAGCUAUGUUGGAAAUCAGGCGCUUACGAGGGCAGCUGACAACAGCAGUGAAUUCAAUUUGUCCUGAUGCUGGCCUCUUCGUUGAUCCAAAAAUGAAGCCCCCAUCGGAGACCCAGGUGAUCUAUUUGAGACAGAUAGUGUUGGCAGGACUAGGUGAUCAUAUUGCUCGAAGGAUCCAAGCAGAGGAACUUCUGGAUGAGAAAUGGAAAAAUGCCUACAAGACUCCUUUGCUGGAUGACCCAGUCUUUAUCCACCCAAAUUCUGCCCUGUUCAAACAAUUCCCAGAGUUUGUGGUGUAUCAAGAAAUUAUUGAAACUACUAAAAUGUACAUGAAAGGUGUUUCAGCUGUUGAAUCUGAAUGGAUCCCAAUCCUGCUGCCGCCCUACUGUCACUUUGAGAAACCUUUGGCAAUUCCUCCUCCAUUUUAUUGCCCUGAAACAGGCAGAAUAAGAUGCCACAGACCAAGUGUCUUCUAUCGAGUAGGCUGGCAGCUUCCUGCAGUGGAGGUAGAUUACCCUGAGGGUAUUGAUCGUUACAAAUACUUUGCCAAAUUUUUACUGGAAGGAAAGAUCAUCAAACAGCUGGGCUUUUACAAGCGAUGUUUGCUGUCCAGUCCACUCACAAUGCUGAAGACAUGGUCCAAGUAAGUUGUUAAAACACUGAUUAAACAGAUGCCAUGCCGCCCAACAGUGGUGCCAAUCACUUGAGCCUUCUGAAAAGAGAGGAACUUCCUAACUGGAAAUAUUAUGCAAGUAUUUACCCUCAGUUGUUAAGGGGUAAGAGAAGAAAAAUUAUCUCACCAAAUCUAAGGUCAAUAGCCUUUAUCAAGCUGUUGAAUUGUAAGGCUCCUGUAAACACUUGGUUAUCUGAGUAGUUACACUGGUUUCCCUGGGAUUAUUUGUAUCAGUAAAAUUACUUGUGCAUAACUUUUUGCAGAAUCAGACUUUCCCAUUUAAUAGCCUUCACAGCUUAGCCAACUAAACCAUUUUUGGUCAUAUAAUGAAAUAGACAAACUUCUUUGUACCUUCUUUCACCUGGUUUUGCCUGUUGAGGCAAUGACAUUGUAGAAGUACAAUGAUCCAUGAUCACUUCCCCACCUAACAGCAAGGGGGCCUGUAGUCAUCAUGAACAGAACAGAUUAUGAACAGGAAUCAACCAGACAGUUCACCAACACCAGAUUCUACAAGCUUCUCUCUGAUCCCACUAAAGACUACAGAAAAACCCUAAAACAACUGCUCAUGAAGCUCCCUGAUGCUGCUCAGGACCAAAUUUACACCAACACCCCUGUUAGUCCCCGACCAGGAAUUUUCUAUCUGGUACCCAAGAUACAGAAACCUGGAAAUCCUGGACGACCCAUCAUCUCAAGCAUUGGCACACUUACAACAGGAUUAUCCAGCUAUAUUGACUCUCUCCUCAAAC